CGGGACUUCCGGCGUCCUCCUCCGGGCGGUCAUUUUGGCUUCUCCCCUGUGUUCAUCCGGGCAGAAGUUCCGGAGCGGUGGGUCUGCGCGGAGGUGACGUGCGGGAGAAGGAGUCGGAGGAGCCGUUGUCCCCGCCGCACAGAGGCGGGUCUGAGGCUCGGCGACACCGCCCGGGGCGCCCCGCACGAGGGCCUGCCCGCUCCCCGCCCCGCUCCGCCCACAGGCCCGGAUGGCGGCAGCCACGCUGAGGGACCCGGCUCAGGUCCAAGCAGUGGGUUCAGUACCUUCUCAGCAGUGGACCCUCUUCCUGUGAAGCCAGAGCCAUAUGCACCAUCCUGAUCCUGGUGAGCAGUUGCCGGCAACUCCCCAGGAACCUGGCCUGGCCUGGCCUGUUGAGGAGUGAAGCUGCUUCACCCGUGUUCCGGGAGGUUCUGAUGUGCGGUGCCCUUUGCAGAGGCCCACGGAGCUGUGAGAACCACACUGCCCAGAGGACCCUGCACCAAGCAACGUCAGCGUGGAGCCAAUGAAGGUCCAGGAGACGGGCGUUUCCACGUGUGCCAACUCCUCAGGGUGGAACUUGCGGGGUCCUGGUGACAGUCAUUUUGGCAGCUCUCGAAUCCAUUUCCUGGUCAGAGGCUCCAGAGUGCUGGGUCGAGACGAGGUGAAGAUUGCAGCGGCCCGAGAGGAGGUGUCCCCACUGCUCAGAGGAGGGUCUGAGACACCGGACCGCUCCCAGCCCUGCUCUGCCCACAGAGUCCGAUGGCGGCGGCCGCGCCCAGGGACUCGGCUCAGGAUACUGUGACCUUUGAAGACGUGGUCGUGUACUUCUCCUGGGAGGAGUGGGGUCUCCUUGAUGAGACUCAGAGAUGCCUGUACCACGAUGUGAUGCUGGAGAACUUUGCACUUGUGAUCUCACUGGGUUGCUGGUACGGAAUGGAGGACGAGGAGGCACUUUCUGUGCCACGAAUGUCACUGGGCAAGGCUACAGAUCCAGGUCCACCCGUGUGGAAAGCUCAUCCCUGCGAGAAGUGUGUCUUGGUUGGGAGAGAUAUUCUGUAUCUGUCAGAGGACCAAGGACCACAUCCGGGCCAGAAAUCCUACACCUGUGAGGCAUGCGGGAAGCAGUUGUGGUUCAGCACAAGCCUUCACCAGCACCAGAAGCACAACGAAGAGAAGCCAUUCAGGUGGGACAUGGAGCUUGUGACAAGCUACAAGUUGCACGUGUCAGGGAAGCCCUUCCCCUGCGGGGAGAUAGGGAAGGACUUCCUGGCCAUACUGAGUCUCCUCCAGCAUCAGGCCACUCUCAAAGGGGCAAAACCACACAGCAGCUUCGAGCACGGGGAGUCCUUUCAGGGCGGAAAAAGUCCACACACAUGCAGCAACUAUGGGAAAUCAUUCAGCUGUGACUAUAAUAAACUUUUCCAGCCUCAGCAGCUUGACCCUAGAGAAAGUUCCCAUGCCUGGGAGAACUGUGCAAAACCUUUUAACCAAAGCUCCAUCCUGAGUAAUUGCCAGAGAGCUUACCCAGCAACAAGGUCUUAUGAGUGCAACGAAUGUGGGAGAUCCUUCAGCCAAAGCUACAACCUCAUUCAACACCACAGAAUUCACACUGGCGCAAGGCCUUACAAGUGCAGCGAAUGUGGAAAAGCCUUCAGCUUCAAAUUCAGGCUUGUGCAGCACCUGCAAAUUCACACCAGAGUGAGACCCUACGCGUGUGGCGAAUGCGGGAAAGCCUUCAGCUACAGCUCUACCCUCAUUAAACACCAGAGAGUUCACACGAGAGAGAAGCCUUACAAGUGUGGCGAGUGUGGGAAUUCCUUCAGCCAAAGCUCCAACCUCAUUCAACACCAGAAAAUUCACAGUGGAGCAAGGCCUUAUAAAUGCAACGAAUGUGCAAAAUCUUUCAGCUACAAAUGCAAACUUGUUCAGCACCUGCGCAUUCACACCGGAGAAAGGCCUUACGAGUGUGGCGAAUGUGGGAAAUCCUUCAGCCACAGGUCCACUCUCAAUCAACACCAGAGAAUUCACACUGGAGCCAGACCUUAUAAGUGCAAUGAGUGUGAGAAAUCCUUUAGCCAAAAGUCCAACCUCAUUCAGCACCGGAGAGUCCACACAGGAGAAAAGCCUUACGAGUGUGGGGAAUGUGGGAAAUCCUUCAGCCAAAGCUCUCACAUCAUUCAGCACCGAAAACUUCACACCAGAUAACCUCAUGAGCUCAACAACUGUGGGGAAAUGGCUCGUAAGCUACAUAUAUGUUACAUAUAUGCAGCAGAUGUCGGUGGAAAGCCUUUAUCUAAACGUCCGGCCUUGUUGGGCCCCAGAAGGUCCUGCCCAGGAUAUGGUAUUUCAUAGAACUAGAGACCUUGUGAGGGAGCCAGCUCUUGGCAAUUGAACGUCACACACGUGUGAACGUCCACACUGGGGAGAUCCCCCAAAACUCCUAGGUUUGUGGGGAAGCUUCCAGGAGCCCUGCAUAUUCUUACUCUGCCCUGCCAGGUUCCUCAUUCAGGGCAGAGGUCCUUUCUCAACCACUGUCAGUGAUGGGUGGGGGGGGCAUGUAACACAGCAAGUCCCUUCUUCCUCAUUCGGGUUCUGACCCAGUUUUGACAGUGCCAAGGGGUUGAAAUGAAAAUACUGUUUACCUUCUAGACCUCCUUGCAGUGCACCACGAGGACAUCGUAUUUCUCUUCUGACCACCUGUAGGGCUCCCGCGAGAGUGGUUCCUCUUUCCCAGGGCUGUCGCACGAUGUUGAGCAUUAUCAUGGGGAAGCUGUUCCCGAGCACUGCAAAGGAAUCAUGUGCCUUCAUGUGUAAAGUUCACUUUCUGGUGUCGUUGGCUGGUUGUAAAACUACGAUAGGAGCCAGGUUGAAAACCCGUGAUUGUACAGAAACAGAAGAUGGCAGGACUUAGGAUAUAUAAACAUCUAACAAAACUUGCGUCCACUGACAUGCCGGUUUGUACACUCCACACCAGUGUUCCUCCUACAGUUGUGGAAAUCGAGGCCAUCGUGCCAAUCUUAAUUUUUAGUCCAUCUCACAGAUAUUUGCUGCGUAGGCAAGAAAAUGGCAAUAGGAUUAGAAAAUCCCACUGAGAUCUGUAGCUUUUCUGACCAGUUGCUGACCCAGAUAGAAAUGACCUUGAAACUCUUCUUUGAUGCAGGGCAUCCCUUCCCCAGGCAUGAGGAAGGAUGGCGGACUCUUGUGCAAAUAUGUAGGGGACCCAGACCUCUAUUUGAUUUUUAAAAAAAGCUUUAUUGAGGUAUAAUUAACAUGCUGUAAAACUGCACAUAUUUAAAUUGUAUACAAAACCAUGGGUGGUAAUAAAUCUAUAUAACUCCUUUUAUUUUGUGCCCUUUUUAAACCUCUACCCUGCACAGUAAAUUAUUUUGUAUUUUUUACAUGAUUAGAGUCAAAUGUUUUACUUUUUUAAAUUGUGGUUUCCUUUAUGCUGAAUAAUUUUGAGAGAGCACAUUUUUUUAUUGCUGAAUGCUAUUCUGUAUGGAUGUACCAUGAUUUUGCUUACCCCACUUACCUAUGCGCUCGCUGAUCACCACAAAUAAAACUUCAAAUGUACGCUUUACUGAA